UCGUGACUAAUAUUUUGUUAGACAAGGAAUGAAUAUGGAUCUACGUCCGAGUCAAAUACGUUUUAGCCAGGAUUCUAUCAAUAAUAAAUUCGACAAAAAGUCUGCUCAUGCUAAAAGACCAAUCGGUGAAACGUUAGACGCCCUAUUGAAAGGAGAGUGUGACAUCAGUCACAUACCGCCUAUAACCGUUGUCGACCGGGAUGGAGUCUGGUUCACGGUCGAUAACAGGAGACUCUGGGUGUUCAGGAAACUAGAAGAGCUGGGAAAGUGCACAAAAAUCAGCGUCAAAAAAGGUUACCGAAUUCCUUCUAAAAAAUUCACAACAGUAAACGAAGGGAGGUCAGUUACUCUACGACAUGAUGCAGGGGGGUCGCACUGGAAAGUUUACCGGAGCUCGAACGAAAAUAUCACUGGCAGCGUAGCAACAACAGAGAGUCGAAGCAGAGUAUACAGACAUGACCGCUAUCGCUGUCGGAUGAGAUACUAUUGGUGUUAGAAAUAUUUUGGUAAAAUUAGUAAACAGUGAUAUCUCAUAGGUGUAGUACCAUAACCAUCUCUUACCCGUCUGAAAGGCAGACAUUGGAACAUUGGCUUAAUCAUGUGCACAAAGGAGGUGUGAAGGUCCCACCACUAGUUAGCAUUAGGACCUUACACAGGACUAGUCGGGGCUCGCGUUGCCGAGGUGGAUACAGCAACUGACUCUCUACUCUCUUGUGAUGUUUGAUUAGAUAUUAACAGACACGGAUGUGUGUUGUCAUUAUCAAUUAUUUGUUUCUUUGUUUAUUUAUAUAUAUCAUUAUAUUUUUCAAGCCAAUUGUUGUCAAUAUAUCUAACUUAACAAAGCCUUGAUAUAAUUUUGUCACUUGUCGGUCUAUCGAGAUACAAAAGAACACUGAUGGUAUCACAUCAAUCUUCUGUAACUUUAACAACUUGACAUAUGUGUUUAACAUUCUCAGCAUUUAUUGAGGGAAAUCGAUCUUGUUUUAUUGAAAAAUACAGGACAAAUUCAUAUAGAUUAUUUAUAUUUAACUCUUACAAUGAAACAUGAUAUGAUUUUUUAUCUGUGAUAGUUUUUUUCUUCUAAACAUGUUUUGAAGAUAUUUUUUAUAUAUAUUUAUAGCUUUAUAUUAUUAUACCGUUUUUCUCCUGCAAAGUUUAUGUCAAUAUGAAUACUGCUUGUUCGGAAUAAA